AUGGCCUGGGGGCUGCUCCUGGCGCUCUGCGGGGGGCUCCUGGCCCCACCCGCGGCGGGCGGGCGCCACAGCCUGGCCGUGCUAGUCACAGCUGUCACCCACGAAGAUGGGACUCAUCACUACUUCAUGAUCUCCAAGCUCGAUGACAUUCAGAUCGCGUACUACAGCAGUGACACGCGAGAGCUCAGACCCACACAGACGUGGGCAGCACAGGCUGUGGGCGCUGAGUAUCUCCAGGAAAAGACCCGGGAUUUCUGGGGGUAUGAGGAGGGCGCUAGAGGCGAUACCAGAUGGUGGAUGCAGCUGUACAACCAGACGGGCGGGAUUCACACUGAGCAGGUUCACGUGGGCUGUGCGCUGAGCGACCAGGCCCCCGUGGGCCCGAGGUUCCAGUACGCCUUCGACGGGAGGGACUUCAUCAGCUUUGACAACCAGACGGGGACGUGGGUCGCAGCCGUGCAGCCGGCUGUCCCCACAAAGCAGCUCUGGGAGACGGGGGGCAAGGCUUGGACUCAGUACGUCCAGCACUACCUGCAGUCCGAGUGCCUGGGGACCCUGCAGAGCCUGGUGCUGCAGGGGCGGGCGGUGCUAGAGCAGCAGGUGCCCCCCGAGGUCUUGGUUUCCCGCACAGACUCUCCCGACAGCUCCAUCAUGCUCUCCUGCCACGCCAGGGGCUUUUACCCGCGUCCCAUCCACGUCUCCUGGGUGCGGGACAGAGAAGACAUCCUGGCGGAGAAGGACUCCAGCGGUAUCCUGCACAAUGCCGACGGCACCUACUACACGCAGUCGUCCCUGGAGAUCUCCCCGCAGCAGCAGGACGGGCACCGCUACGCCUGCCGGGUGGAGCACAGCAGCCUGGGGGAGCCUGUGUUUGUCUGGGCCCCUGGGAAGAAGGGCCCCCUGCACCCCGGGGUCCUGGCCGCCAUCGUCCUGGCCACGCUGGUUCUGGCUGGAGCCGUAGGGGUCGGCGUCAUCCUGUGGAGGAGAAAAUCAGCAGGUAAGAUCUGCCCCAUGAAACCCGGCUACGCUCUGGCUGCCACAAAGAGCGGGGAAGAUUCUGCCUUCAGCUCGUCAUCGGGAACAGACCCCCAGAGCAUGUGACCCCGGAGCUAGGGACAGUGACCCUGCCCAGCUGCUGGGCGAUCUCUGUCCUCUGACUCCCCCCUGCCCCGGGGAAGAUUCCCACUUGGUUGUUAGAGCAGUUUCCUCCUGGGGGUGUUGGGCCUCAGGCUCUCCGAUUGCAGGGUUUGGUCUCUGCUUCUGCAGCCAGGACUUUGCCUCAACUUCUCCCCAAAGGGCCGACUCGCUCCAGUGUCUCGUCUGUGCGGGGGCCGCGCUGCCUGCAUCAGGGACGGGCGGUUCCCCUGGUCCAGCAGCAGGAACCGGCACAGAGCCCGACGAGCAGGCAAAGACGGGGGCGGGGAGCCCCGCAGAGGGGAGUUAUGGGCUACCCCACCCCCAUCUGAAAGGCAAAUGGGCCCUGCUUGGAAAAACCGAAUCCCAAAAUGGUGAUUUUCAGAGGAAAAGACUCCGUGCUCUGGUUGAGCUCAGGUCCGAGCUUUGCCCUGAAUGUUGUGUGUCAACCCCCCUCCCCCACCAACCCCCCCUUAUUCUGCGCAAAGCUGAGCCGCUGAGUCUCAGAACCUCACCACGUGUGUAAUACGUGAGCGUCUCUGUGGCGCAGGAACAGCGGAAGGACCCAUCCUUCUCUGGCCCUGGCUCCGGGAAUGCAGAACUGGGGGUUUUCCUUUUCAGUUCCAACUUUGUGCUGGCUUUGCAUUUUU